AGAAACCCCCAAAUAUAUAAAUAUCUAUAUGUGAUCAAUCCUUCGUAUGUUCGUUUCACUUUAUUCUCGGAACUAGAAAUCCGUCAAUAUAACAUUAAAUAAAAAAUAUCUAAAUGGUAUUUAUGUAAACUUAGCUGUUGAUUAAUAAAGAUAAAAUCGUAUAUCUGCAUGUAAUUCUUAUAUAAAUAUCUCUCCACGCAUAAUGCUGUAUUUCCAUUAAAAUAAUAAACAAAAUUCGAUCACACCCUUGCGUGUCCAAAAUGAUACUUUUUAUUUAUGACUCAAUCCAACUGAAUUUCCAAUUAUAUCCAACAUUAAAUAUAUAAUCCGUCACACCUGUACAAGCCUAAAUGGGCUGAGAAUUAUAAGGCCCAUUUACUUGAAAGGCCCAAUAACAAGUAAAGCAGAACCAAUAGAAAAAAAGGAAGAGAAACUUAGCAAAUCCAUAACACAGGUUUUUGAAUCCUCUAUUUUCCUUUUCUUUAAUUAAUUGCCUUUUUUGUUUUUUAAUUACUCAGCAUUUACAAUCUAUAUAUACACCAGUGAGUGGUAAGGUUACUUUGUCUUCUGAAACAACAAGAAAGGAAGAAAGAAAACGCAAUGUCUUCGUCGUGUUCUUCGAUUUCGUCUUCUUCUUCAUCCAAAGCACAGGCCAAUAGAAAAACCGCGUUCGAGAGGAGACAACUCACUGUGAUGAAGAAAGCCCAAGAGCUCGCCACUCUCUGUGACGUCGAGGUCGCCGUUAUCUGCUACGGACCGGACGGAGAGAUUCAGACAUGGCCGAGGGAGAUGUCGAAGGGGAAGGAAGUGGCCGAGAAGUACAAGAAACUGAGCAGCACCGACAAAGGAAAGAAAAACCUCACCCUUCACCAGUUUCUGGGUAAGAUCAAGAAGGAAGAAGACGAUAAGAAGAAGAAGAUGAAGACGGGUCACGACCUCGACAGAUACACUGCCGAGGAAUUGGCAGCGCUCUCUGAUUCCUUGGAUCACAAGUCACAGAAUCUGCAGAAACGGCGUCGGUUUCUCCACUCGCAAAAACGAAUGACUGCAGAUCUGUCCGAGACGAAGAACGACCAGUUUUCCGUAAAUCAAGAAACCAAGAAACCGGAAUCCGAUCUCUCGCUGGUCCCGUUCGAGCAACAAGUGACGGAAUCCGUUAAUCUCCAAGAAACCCUAACUUACGGAUCGUUCAACAGCGUCGGCCACGGCUCUGGUCCUCCUAAUUACGGCAACUUCGGUCCGGCCAUUAGCCAGGCUCCGACUCCAUUGGUGUGCUACCCGAACACCCAGACGAGCCGAAACGGCAGCAUGAUGAAUAUGGGAGAUUACUCGAGGUUUCUUGCGCCACAAGCAUACCAGAACCAUACGUUUCAACAUCCGAGUGGCUUCAACCCUAACAACAUCGGCUUUCAGACACAGCUUCCGCAGAUUCAGACACCAACUCGUACUCUCCAACAAUUCGAUCCGUUGUCGGCCUGGAAUCCAACCCCUUCUGCAGUUUCAAGGAUGUUCUUUAGAGAAUUCCAUUAAUUAAAUGGUCUGAUAUUAUUUGGUCGCAAAGCUAUUAUGAUAUUAAUACUUUAAUUUUUUUCGUUAUGCAAUUAUUACUAUUUUCAGUUUGGUGCUUCCGAAUUGAAAAGUUGAUUUUCAGUAUCGUUUCGAUCAUAUGAUUGGACGAACGUAGACCGCCAAGAGAGUUUGGUCAUUCUUCGAAAAUCGAGACAGAGGAAAAUAAAGCUCAAGAGAGUGGUUCUUGCACUUCAAGUGCUGAAUUAAGGCAAGGUCCAUUCCCUUCCCUCUGCCAACGUGUAAACCUGGCCGCCAUAGCCGAACGCAAGAGCAGGUCGAGGUUGGUCUCGUUUUAUAGCUGGUGAUCUAUCGUGGAAAUGAGUCUUUGAAGGUAAUAAACAGUGGGUAAAUUUGUAUUCUUCCAUUCUACACAAAAAGGGCUAUGCAGGUACGAGGAAACCCCAGCUUUAGGCUGUUGCAUUUGCUUGUCAGAAAUUGACAACAAAUGAUGCCUUGGGCUAUCUCAAAGAAGUCAAAGAAAUAUUUCAAGAUCAAAGCUGGAGUACCUUUUUGCCCAAGAGAUAUGAAGAGGAUGAUGCUCCACCAAAAAAAACCAGUUGAGUUUGAAGAAGAGAUAAGCUUGGUG